GAAUAACGUUGGCAAUACUAUUCGGUAAAAGAGAUGUCAAAUCAAAAUAAUUGAGUCAAAAGAGACGCAUUAGAUAUACUGUUGUUUUAUAGUAUUUACCCAAAUGGCUGCGAUCGAGAAAGUUAAAGUCGUCGUCCUUGGUGACUCCGGUGUCGGCAAAACAUCUUUAACUUAUUUAAUUGCUCAUAAUAAACCAAUACUUUCACCGGGAUGGACCGUCGGAUGCUCAGUGGAGGUCAAAUUGCACAGAUACAAAGAGGGGACCCAGGCCCAAAAUACGUUUUUUGUUGAACUGUGGGAUGUGGGUGGUUCAAAUAACCACAGAAAUACAAGAAAUGUUUUUUAUCAACCCACACACGGUAUUAUACUGGUACAUGACUUGACAAACAGGAAAAGUCAAGUAAAUCUACAGAAAUGGUUGACUGAAAUCCUAAAUCAAGAUAGUACCAAUUCAAACUACCAACAUAUUGAUGUAGAUCCUGAGCAGUUCCUGGGUUCUACUCAAAUUCCAAUUCUCGUUAUAGGCACAAAGUAUGACUUAGCCGAAGAAAAGCAAAGGAAAAACCAAUACAGGCGAUUAGCGAGCAGUAUAGCAGAACAAUGCGGCGCCGACGAGAUAUUCGUGAAUUGCUACCAAGCGAGAUCUCUCGCUCCCGGUACAAGCAACUCUGUGAAAUUGACGCGAUUUUUCGAUAAAGUGAUUGAGAGGCGCUACUACUCACGCGCGAGCCCGUUCUCCGACAAGCGGCGGCCCGCGGCGCUGAUGUCGCACGUGCUGUCCACGCCCGUGUCCGCGCGCUCGCACGCGCACGCGCACGCCUACCUCAGCCCGCGCUUCUACCGCAUGGACUGACGGCGCACCCCCGGAUAAACAUCGAUAGCGGCAUAUUAGGAUUAAUAAAAUGCCUUGUAACUAAAAGAUGUAUUAAAUUUAAUAUAUACAGUAAGUAAACAGGUUAAGCUGUAAAAAUUACAGAUAAUAGUAACACAUAUAUAUUGUAGAGUUGUAUCAGUGAAGAGUUACUGUAAUCUGACAUAUCCAUUAGUUUUUCAUAUUAUUUUUCUACCAAAAAUUAAAGCUAUUGGUUAAGUUUAUUUAAGUUUCAUUACUAGUUUAUCGGGAGAUUGUAAGAGUAUCUUAAAACUGUUUUUUUUUUUAUUAUUUAAUAUAAUUCAUAAAAAUAUUCCACUUUAUAUCUUUGUUAGUUACUCUUUUACAAAUCAAAACAAAUUGUUCAGAAAGUGGCUUCCACAUACCUUUUAUGUAAAAAUAAUUAUGGUUUACUAAUAAAGAACAUAAAUAUUAAAA